GCUGGACAAGAAAAAAACAAAGAAGCCAAUAUUGCAGUGGACGAGAGCUAUAGUGAACCAUUUUUGGUUUGGUCCUCUGUAGCAAAUACAGAAGAUGAGUUUAUUGGCAUUUGGUUUGGAGUCAUACAUCAUGUUGUGAAUGAGCAUGAAUGGAUUUUGCCAUAUAGAGCAGGAGGAAGAAGUUCAUGCCAGCAUGGUCCUUUAACACAUGGUGUCGUGCGUGAAAUUGUCAGAGACAAAAAGCUGAUAAAGAAGAUUCCUUACUACCUUAAUUGCCAAAGUAGAGCAGCUUUGGAGAACUUUCAAAAUCUAAUUUUGAAGUACUCAUCAAAGCGCUAUCCUCACACACCUCCAGUCUACAGAGCCAGAAACCUUGUGGCUGCACUGGACCAUAAUGCAAAUUGUGAAAGAGAGACUGCCAGAAGAAAAGAUGGAUCACUUAGGUUUCUUUUUGUUUCAUUCAUGUAUUUUAUAAGUUAAAAUCUGCAAUAUCGGUGUAAGUCAUUUCUAUGGCACGGCAAAUUCACAAAA